AUGGCGACCUUACGGUCGAGAAGGUACUUGAGUUGCUUCUACUGUGGGAGGAGGUCUAAAUUGCGGUUUGAAGGCCAGGGGUCGUUCGACUGUUCCCACUGCGAUGCGACGAACUGGCUGGAUAAGAAUGGAGACAUCACAGACCCCCCAGCUACGACGACCUUGCCCGCCGAGCGUCCCCCAGUCCAGUAUGCCAUCGCCCGGCAAUCUACCCGCUCUCCGUCGCCACUGUUGUCCCCGGACCGAGCCGACUCUGUAUUCUGCGACACGUGUUUAAGGAACCAACAUAUGCUCACGAAUUCGCUGGCGCAAUUCGAGUGGCCGGACGACCAAAAUAGUAACGAAUAUGUCGCCCGGGAGCGGAGGUAUUGGGCACUUCGCAGAGACCUCGAGAAGAGAUACCCCCAAAUGUGUGCAGAUUGCGAGCCCAAGGUAGAGAAGAGACUGCACGAGGCUAGCUAUACGGCGCAGACCGACCACCUACGUCGAAUGAUGGACCGUACGCGAACGCAACGGCGUGAGGUGAAGAGAAGAGGGUUUUUGGAUGUUGUUGAUGCUGCGGGGAGGUGGAGCUGGUUGAUCGGUUUCGCGCUCCAGUUCUUGUGGCACAUAGCCGUCCUUUACGUCCUGGUCACGAGACAGUACGCCAUACCCGGAACUAAGUCCUUGUCGACUCUGGCUACGAGGGCUGCGCAGAAGCUCGGCUACGGGGGACUGCCGGACACGGAUCGGCUCAUGCAGUGGGCGAUCAAUUUAAGCAUAUGUGCGUUCCCAUGGAACCCGCGGUUCAAGCAGACGAUUCGCGGGUUCACAGCACAUCUGCUUGGAUUCCGGCACUGGUAUACAUAUCAGCUGCUGAUACUCAUGAUACGAUGUGUCAGCCUCACCAUGGCACAGUAUAGCUCCUCGAAAGGAUUGCCCACCGCGACACAGUUAGGCGCACAAUCCGCUAUCCUGCUUCUAACGCUUUAUGUGUAUCACACGUCAAGAAAAUCCAUUCGCACAGACAUGACACCUCUGUUCCCCAAAAUUUCGCGGGCUACCAGCUCUCAGGGAUCUGCAAGCAGGUUAGAACCACGCCGCGAUCCCAACGACCUCGGGAAUAUUCUAGACGAGAUCUCCCAAUCGCCUGUAGAAGCGCACGCUAGGCCUAUCCACCACUCGCCUCAGGGGUCGAGCGGUCGUCGCGCCGCUGUCACGGCCGAUGGAGCCUCUAGUAGCUUCAGUGGCAGAUCGCGGGAGAAUCCCGGUGCUAGACUUACCUUCGGCGCCCUGAACUUGGCUGAUUCAGCCGGUCUGGAGAAGCCCGAGUCUCAACAGCUCCAGGCCCAGCCUCGAGCCGUUCACUACGAGGAGGAAAUGGAUUGGACGCCGUCUGCUUCGCAAUACCGAGCCUUCAGCUCCUAUAACCCAUAUAAGAUCAAAAACACCAACCCGCGCUUCAACGACACGCCGAUUGAGCCCAAGCCUGGUCCGAUUUGGUAUAAGGUCCCGCCAGCGCCGACAACACCCGCACAGAGGUUGCGUAACCCCCCAAUGCGUCCGAUCAUCAGAGAAAGCCCGAAGGAGACGAAGGAGAACUUCUUUAAAAGCACCAGUCGCGGCCCUGUGGAUUUAGCCUCGUCAAGCCGGGGGAGCUUGUCGGACAUCACGUUUGCCGAACCCACCUUCUUCGCACCGCAGGUUGAGGACGACCCCAGGGACAACCUCUCGAAUAUGUUUGCGAACUCGUUUAGCAUUAGCCCUAGCCCCGACGACGAAGCAUUUCGGAGACCGAGGUCGGCGGCGCAAAACACCCGCUCUCGAGAAAGCAACGGCGACGUAGAAGGGGGGUCACAGAAUCAUCGCGUAACACGCAUAGUUGAGCUGUCUGUGCUCGCCGGGGCGUCCUACGCCUGGCUUCUGGGUUUGGGCACAGACGAACAGUAUGGGCUCAGCCUUACUCUGGCUUCCGUCAUCGCCUGUCUCAUCACCUCUAUCCGGCUCGCAGCCGAUCUUCAGGCUGAAGCGCAACUGCAAGGAGGAAGCCGGCCGUCAUCAUUUGCCAUGUCACGGGUGAAUCUGGCGCUGGCGCAAGUGAUGACCACCCUCGUCCUCACAUGGGCUAUCUGGUCAGGGGGGCAAGCAAGUAACUUCUGGUGCAUGUACGGCAACGCCCACUUUGCUCUAGCGAUCUUUCAGCACGCUUGGCACUCGUUUGCGUAG